UCAAUUAGGGUUCCAUCCUUCUUCCAAUCCAGUUAUUAUAUAUAUAUAAUGGCGUCUGCUGACGUGGAAUACCGGUGCUUCGUUGGUGGCCUUGCUUGGGCCACCACGGAUCAAUCACUCCAACAAGCGUUUUCACAAUACGGCGAGAUUUUGGAAUCGAAGAUUAUUAACGAUCGGGAGACCGGUAGAUCUAGAGGAUUUGGAUUUGUUACUUUCAAGGAUGAACAAUCGAUGAGAGAUGCGAUUGAAGCGAUGAACGGCCAGAGCCUCGACGGCCGGAAUAUCACCGUGAACGAAGCGCAGUCUCGCGGUAGCGGCGGUGGCGGCGGUAGACGUGACGGCGGUGGUUACGGUGGCGGAGGCGGUGGUUACGGUGGCGGUGGUGGUGGAUACGGCAGGCGUGAUGGAGGUGGCGGUGGUUAUGGUGGUGGUGGUGGUGGUUAUGGCGGUGGUCGGGACCGUGGAUACGGCGGCGGCGGCGGUGGUUAUUCUAGGGGCGGUGGGGCGUCGGAUGGUGACUGGAGGAAUUAGGGUUGGGGUUUGGUGUUUUGUAUGAAUGAAAUUUGUGUGAUGUCAGUUCUGUUUUUGACCUGUGGUUUGUGUGAUUUCAAGAGAAUUGUUAAUCUAAAAGUUGUUUGUUUUCUCAAAAUGUGAAAUUAUGCUUUUGUUUUUAUCAA